CGGAGUACUUCCGCCGAUGGCCGGCACCGGAAGUAGCGCGGGUUGCUGACCGGAGCGCUUUCUUUGCCGCAACGGUCCUUCCCUGACGGUGUGCGUUCCUCUCGCCUUCUCUCCGAAAGCCUCGCCAUGUCCUACCCGGCGGAGGAUUACGAAGAGGUACCGGCCUCGCCUGCUCACUCCCCACCCGGGGUCUUGGUCGGCGGGUGGAAAUAACUCGCCUGGCCGGUCUUGGGGGUGCGAGGGCAGCCCUGCUGGCCUUGGGAGGCGGCGAGGGCGGUUUUUGUCGGGCGGCCGAGCAGCCCAAGGAAGGCGAGGCCGUGGUGUGUCGCGUUCUGGUUAGCUGGCAGUCCGCAUCUGAGUAGGGAAAGGGCAAAGCAUCUUAUGGGUGUGUCGGGUGCAGGGCUGGAUUUAGGUUUGAUGAGGCCCCAAGCUACUGAAGGUAAUGGGGCCCUUUAUAUAUCCGGCUGUCCUUUGUCAACAACAAAUUGUCGCUGUUUUUUGUGUUGAAUAUACAGUGGUACCUCGGGUUACAUAUGCUUCAGGUUACAUACGCUUCAGGUUACAGACUCCGCUAACCCAGAAAUAGUGCUUCAGGUUAAGAACUUUGCUUCAGGUUGAGAACAGAAAUUGUGAUCCGGCGGCGCGGCGGCAGCAGGAGGCCCCAUUAGCUAAAGUGGUGCUUCAGGUUAAGAACAGUUUCAGGUUAAAUAUGGACCUCCGGAACAAAUUAAGUACUUAACCCAAGGUACCACUGUAUGCUAUAUGGUAAUUUAUGGACCUAAUAGGUCCAUACACAACACAAAACACUGUUGCUGUAUGUAGGUUUUAUUUGAUUUGAUUUUAUCUUAUAUUUUGGAAAUGUACAUCCAGGUUUUUUCCCUUUUUAAGUUUUUUGGGGGCCCCCGAGAGAGUGAGGCCCCAAGCUAUAGCCUGUUUAGCUUAUACGUAAAUCUGACACUGGUCAGGUGUGUUGAUAUUCUGGUCUCUCUCUGUUUUCAGGGCUCAUAUGAUCCCUAUACUUAUCCAGGGGAGUAUGAUAUGCACACAGGUGAGUUAUUUUGUUCUUAUUUUAUUUGUUAAAAAUAUGGUGGUCUGCUCUUCAUCAGUAUUGUUGCUAAAUUGUAAGAUCUUUUGGGGUUAACCCCCCAAAAAAAACUUUUUAGAAUGUUUUUGUUACUCUCUCAUCUCAGGCUGUAGUACAACAACCAAAAGCUGGGAUUUUUUUAAACACCAGGAAACACUAGGCUAGAAACAAAUAAGCAGAGAAGUUUAACCCACCACCCACUCCUUUCUUAAAAAUCUACAAAGUCUGAGUAGACAGAUACAUGUCUUCACUUGGUGCCAAAAUGGAAAUGUACUUGUAACAGGAGGGCAGUCCGCAAACAGGGUGCCGCUUUUGAAAAAAGUGUCCUUAUGGAAUGAGGCUCCCCUCUAGGCCUGGAGUACCAAGAAGACACAUGGACCUUGCCCACUCCCAAUACAUGCUGACAAAGUGGAUGUGCUACACAAGAUGUUUUCAUGGUACAUUAGGCCGGGACAUUGUGGGAUAUGCACAGACCAGAGCUGAUAUUUAAUUAAAAAAAGGGGGUGCUGUACAAAAGUUGCUAAGAGAAUUUUACCAGCAGCAAGUGCUGCAUCAGAAUUCUACAACAUUGUUUGGAAUUUUCUGUUUUGGGCCACUAUUAAAAGAACCAAACUUUUUCCUGUGUUGAAUCUGACAACCCUUGAAGAUUAGAUAAGGUGCUUUUCUGAUUAAAAUUUGUAUUAUCCCUGACGGAAAUUGUAAUCCAUCAUCUGGAGCACCAUAAAUUCCCCAUACCUGAGGUUCUUGAUGAGGGUCCUUCUUCCUGCUACUUUGCUACCCUCAAUGUUGUCUCCUUCCAUUAGUACUAAUUAAUAGGAAAAUCUUGACAGAGCAAAGUAACUAUUAAACUGUUACUGAUUUUAUAUUCUUGUAUUUUAUUUGGUAUGAGGGGGAUUAACUUGAAUUAUAUCUAUUUACCAAAUUUAAUGUCUAAAUUUGGUAAAGACCUAAAUUUAGGUAAAGACCUAAAACUUUUCUUUUUAGUAAACAUGAUGGUUAUUUGUAUUUCUUAGAUUAAAACGAUCUUGCUGUUCCUGGGUUCCAGUAUUAUUUUACGUAAUGUGUAUGGAUGUUUGGAAAUUAAGCAUGUAAAGAAAUUAUGAAGGGAAGUGGGGUUCUAAGUGCCAAGUGCUUUUGAAGGCUGGAGUGCAAACUGUUUCCUAUUAAUCCACAUCAAAAGUGGGGAAACUGUAGCCCUCUGUGUUGUUGGACUCCAAUUUCCGUCCAGCUAGCAUGACGAUUGGCAUAGAUUAUGGGACUUUGAGUUCAACAACAUCUGGAAUGCCACCUUGUUCUACAUCUUCCUGUUCUGUUUUAAUAUUCUUUCAUCUCUUCUGUCUCACAGGAGAUCCAAAACAGGAUCUUGCCUAUGAAAGACAGUAUGAGCAGCAAACCUAUCAAGUGAUUCCUGAGGUGAUAAAAAACUUUAUCCAGUACUUUCACAAGACUGUGUCUGACUUGAUUGACCAGAAAGUGUAUGAGCUUCAGGCCAGUCGUGUAUCUAGUGAUGUUAUUGAUCAGAAGGUUUAUGAGAUCCAAGACAUCUAUGAAAACAGGUAAGAUUCAGUUUUCUCAGGGAAGUGUGAAGUUUGCAAAUAUAAAUGUCUUGUGGUUUCAUCGAGUCCCUCACAUCAACACCUGUAAGAGAAUGAAUAAUUCAUGGGACAAAAAUGCGCAGCAGUUGCCUUGUUUAUAAAUUCUGGGAAGUUAGCUGAGGUUUGUGUAGGAAGUUGGUUUAUAUUGUUGGUCCAAUCAUGCAACUAGCCUAGUUCUGAUUAUUUUGGCAAAACAUCUCAGGUAGUGACUGUCCAAAAUCUCUGGCAGGUUGUUUUCUAAGCCAUAAUACUGAGGAUCUUCUUUAGCAGAGAUGCUUGGGGUUAAACCUAGGGGUUUCUGUGUUGCAGAGCUAUAGUCCUUACAGAAGAAGACUUUUUUUCAUUCCAUUCUGAAGGGGGUCCUUCAGGUCUCACCAACAGACAUGUGUAAAUGAAAAGUCUUGCUAUUGCUGUCUAUAGAUGGUAGAUUUCUUUCUCACAGCAAAUCAGUAAUCCAUAUUUACAUAUGCUUGAUUUAAAAAAUUGGAAAAAGCAAUGCAAGUUGCAGCAGCAAUGACUUAAUGACUAUUGACCAUGUUAUGUCUUGGUUUCUUUAGUACUAAUGAGUGAGGCACUUGAUUUACUAAACAUUUCUGUGUGUUGCAGUUGGACCAAACUGACAGAAAGAUUCUUUAAAAACACACCAUGGCCAGAGGCAGAGGCUAUUGCACCGCAGGUUGGAAAUGGUAAGUAUUUUCAUUUCCCUUGGUCAGCUUAAUAAGGAAAAGUAAUGGGGAGCUUGCGGCCCUCCAGAACUGAUGGAGCUCUGGAGGGCUGCACGUUCUCUUAUCACGUCCUUAAGGUAAAGACUCAUUGUGGCCUUUGUCAUACAUUGGAACAGUUAACCUAUUAUUAAAAAUAAAUAGAAAUGGAACCAUGACAGUUUGGGAAUUUGCAGUGAGUGGAAGCAAGCUUUACUCUGUGCUGCAUUUUCACCUGGGCCCCCACUUAUGCUUGGAAAUGCUUAGUUGUGUUUGACAUCUGUGAUACAGUUAUUCUGUAUUGUAAUGGCCGAUUGGCCGACAAUUAAUUCAACUGCAUUAAUUUAACUGCAAAAAGUUAGAUUGGGGAGGUGGCAGGAAAAGAGACCAAAGGCAUCUGCACUAUGUAAUCUAGAUACUUACGACCACCAUUGUGUGGGUUCUAAGAAACUUGUUUCUGCUUGGUCACAAAGGAGCCUUCAGAUUAUGUCUAGAUCCUUUAGUUUUGCAGAUUCCUACUUCUUUUAUAAAUGUCUGAGCACAGAGAAGAGAGUUUUUAAUUGAUGGUAAUUUUGAGAGAAACACUUUCCUCUCGUUUUCAUUACGAUACUUUAUUUCCCCAAGCUUUAUUCUGUUACGUUCCUACUGCACCUUUUCUGGCAUUCUCCUGUUGAUUGGAAAGGUUUAUGUAUCUAGAUGUGGUUUUGAUCUUGUUUGGUUGUUCUGUAUCAGCCUUCACCAAUUUGAAGUCCUCCAAAUAUUUUGGAUUUGUUGUUGUUGUUACUAUCGUUAUCAUUAUUAUCCAAUGGGACCCUCCUGCCAUCAGCCCCAGCCAAGUUGGUGAGCAGUGGGUUGGCAAAAGUUGUUUGAAAUUGAAUCAAUUCUUUGGGUGAAAAAAUAGGAUGCAAAUAUUUUAAAUAAGAUAAUAUAUCUAUUUUUUCUUGAAGAUGCUGUCUUCCUGAUUUUGUACAAGGAGCUGUAUUAUAGACACAUCUAUGCUAAAGUCAGUGUAAGUACUGUGAUGGAAAGUGAAUUGACUCAUUCAGUUGCUUAUCCACCUUGAAUCCCUGGGUUGUCUUGACUUGGGCUUAUAAUUAGGUGAGAUGCUCAGCUAAUAUUUGAAGCCCAGAAAAUUAAACUCCUAAGCUAUAUACCAUCUCAACUCUGAUUCUUUUUUUAAUUACAGGGUGGUCCAUCUUUGGAACAGAGAUUUGAGUCAUAUUACAACUACUGCAAUCUAUUCAACUAUAUUCUCAGUGAGUUCCUAGGAUCUGUAUAUAUAACCUCUUUCUUUUAUUAUGAAAGAGAAAACAGGGAUAAUUUAUAUACCAGGGGUGGGUUUAAUCAACCUAGAAUUCUAUUCUACCCACGCACAAAACAAUGUUGGUGGCUGUUUAGCUGAACUUUUCUGUCCAGCAGAUCCUUUUAUGUUUAAUCCCCCUCACUCACCCACCCACACAUACUGAAAGCAAUGGGGGCAGUUGGCUAUGUCACCUCAAGUCAGGUACAGCUAAGGACCUAAAUUGGGCCCCUCUUGGGGGAACAGAGAAGCUAUGGAUCCAUAGCCAGCUCUGCUACGCCCCAGAAUGCCCUUUUGUGAAGCACAAUUCUUUCUACCACUUAUGGGAAUACCACCGACGGUAGCUUUUCAUCUGCCAAGCUCUCUGUGCAUGCAGGUUGCUCCCUCCAGCAGACAACAUCAAGGGGAUUGUAUUGCUCUUUCAGUCUCUUAAGCACUAUAAAUUCCUUGUGAAUGUUCUUCUCUAGAUGCAGAUGGACCAGCUCCCCUGGAACUGCCCAACCAGUGGCUCUGGGAUAUCAUAGAUGAAUUCAUCUAUCAGGUGCAGUAGCUUUAAGUUUGAAAGCCAUAAGAAAUAGAAACCUAGCUGUAGUCAACUGGAAAGUGUGUGCACCAGGCAAUAUGGGCUCAGGACUUCUCAUUGAGGGUUAUGUACCUUCUUACUUUGCUUGGCUCUUAGUACUUCCGAGACAUCUGCGAUUGAAGCUGCAGUCUUAUAUACAUUUUCCCUGGGAGUAAGUUCUGUUGAACUCAAGAGGCUUACUUCUAAACAGACAUGGGCUUAGACAGACUCUUGCUUGGCUUACAUGUUUUCUGUAUCUAGAAUCUGAUUUUCUUUGAUACAGAAUGUGGAUAUAUUGAACAGAAAAUGACAAGUGAAUUGCUAGCUGCUUUGGGUGAGAUUUUUGCUUAAAGUUGGAAUUUGAUUCCAUGCUGUUUUCCCCGAUCCUCCAUUCUUGUAGCCGCCAUUUGACUUCUGGGUGAAGAAACCUCAGGGAGUUUUUUUUUCUUGCUCAAAUUGCUCAUCUUUAAAAUACCAUUUAGUUAGAGACCUCUGUUAUUUGGGCAUGCAUGUUAAUAAACUGCCUUCCCUCCAGCCUUGCUCUGGGAAAGUAUUUAUUUGGGAUUUGUAUUCUGACUCUAUGCACAAACUAUUGGAAGUGAACAUAUAUACUGACCCAGUUUUCUCCAACAUUGUUAUCUAUAUUCCUUCACAGUUCCAGUCCUUCAGUCAGUACCGUUGCAAGACAGCCAAGAAGUCAGAUGAAGAAAUUGAUUUCUUGCGUUCAAACCCCAAGAUCUGGAAUGUCCAUAGCGUUCUCAAUGUGCUGCAUUCCCUGGUGGACAAAUCCAACAUCAACCGGCAACUAGAGGUCUACACUAGUGGAGGUAAGAAGGAAUCAAAGGUGCAUGUUAGAGAGAAUAGAAGUGGUUCCAGGUUGUGGUGUGAAGGCACAUGAAGAACCAUGCAUUCACCACAAUGUGUUGGUUUCCAUGAUCAAGGAAGGGCAAGAUAUAAAUAGAGUAAAUAAUAAACUAAAGCCUUAUUCCCUGAGUUCCUGCCUGAUUGGAAACCUGUAGAGGCUGUAAGUUCUCUUGUAUUAACUCACUUGUAUAAAACCAGCUCUGUAUGUGUGUAGUUUUCUACAAAUAACAUAAUUUGUUGUGGUUUUAUCCUCCAAUACCUUUAUUAGUAUUCUUUCUCCAGAAUCCUAUCACUGAGAGGCUUUGAGCUAUAGCUCUCCUUAUCUGUGUGAUAGGUACAGUUUAAUCUGCAAGCCUGUUAAGCUAAUUCUAUCCUGCUCACUUUGUUUACAUGAAGCUAAAUAGUCUUAAAUCUAAUGCUUGGAUUUAGCCAGUGUGUAGAUUAGCCAGGAAGGAAACUUCAUUUUGAAUAUAUUUGUUUUGUUUUGUAGGUCUUUUAAUCAAACAUGAAUCUUAGUGGUUUACAUAAUAGUAUAAGAUACUCAUUUUUUAAAAAACAAAAACAGCGGACUAUAAAUGAUAAGAUGAAAAACAAAUAUACAUAAAACAAUCAACAAUUUAUUAAAACAGUUUACUAGUGGUAAAUUAAAUUGGUAAACUGCAUGCUUGAGAUUGCAUAAUAUGGAUUAUUUUCAUUCCAAUGCAUUUAUAGUGCAGUUUUCAGCAGGUUUACUCAGAAAUAGGUCACUGAGUUCAGUGAGCUUACUGAGUGCCUAACCAUGUCUUCUCAGAAGUAGUUGAAUUGAAUUUAAUGGAGUUUACUUCCAAGUAAGUGGGGUUUGGGCUUGUAAUUUUUAGGUUGUAAUUCAGGGUGGGGAAGCUGUGGCCUUCCAGAUGCUGUGGGACUCUGGUCCAUCCACCCUUGUCUACAUGGUCAGUGAUCAAGGAUGAUGGGAUUUUUAGUCCAUCAACAUCUGGAAGCCCACCAGUUUCCCACUCCUGACAUGAUUCUUUGCAUACUUACUUGAAAGUAAUCCCAAUUGAAACCAUUGGUUUUAUUUCUGAAUAAAAAUAGAUCAGGCUCUUUGUUCCUUACUCUUACGUUUUUAUAUAUGUUGAAAUUGAUCUUUUUUUACUCCAUUUGUGUACACUGAUGUAGUUGUGACUGUAAGUACAAAACCCAGAGGAUGGUGCUUAUUUCGGAUAGAUUAAUGUGCACAAUAGGGAUGUUUGUUCAGACAGGAGGAUCUGAUUCUUCUAAUGUCUCAGUGGAACUAGUAAAUUCUCAAACUCCUGUAAAGGUUCUUAAAACACUUUCAGUUCUUGAUCUAGCCUCUCCUACCGUAGAUGAAUCCAAAUAAACUUUCUGUAUGGAAAGUUUGAUCAAGCUGAUUAUAAAAUAACAUGUUGAAGGUUGCAUUUGGUCUCUUCCCUGUCCUGCUACAGAAUGCACAGUGGUACUUUCAAAUUCCUAUUAAAUAUGCAAAUACUAUUUUCCUCCCGUAGGUGACCCUGAGAGUGUAGCUGGAGAGUAUGGCCGCCAUUCUCUCUAUAAGAUGCUGGGCUAUUUCAGUCUUGUGGGCUUGCUGCGCCUCCAUUCACUCCUUGGAGAUUACUAUCAAGCCAUCAAGGUUCUGGAGAACAUUGAACUUAACAAGAAGGUAACGGAGCACAGGACUCAAAUCCUGCCAGAUGCUAGAGCAUUAAAAUUGAACAUUCCUUUUCUCUUCUUGUGUGUUACAUUCAUUUUUGUUGUUGAGGAAUCCUCUGGAUUUCAAAGAGGUUUGUGCACCUAAUGAUUUCUGAAUGCUCUUCUCUCCUAUGCUGUCAUGUGUGGCAAAUACAAAUCUCUGUUGCCCCAUUUAAGUGCUGUGUGUACAGCCAUUUUGUGUAAAUGGAGGGUACUGUGAAAAAAUUUUCGUUUUCAGUUCCGGGUACAGUCAAAAUUUUGGGGUUUUGAGAAUCCAGCUCUUCUGAAAAAACCUUUUUUUGCUCUCUAAAUUAGAGGUGUAUAUUUGAAAAUAUGCAAAGAAUCUCCUUCAAAGCAUCUGUUUUGUCAUUUUCUUUCAUUCCCUGAGUUAAUAUUCUGAAGUACCUGAGUGCUAGGUGUCCUAUUAUCUUGGAUGUUGUAUCCUUUGCACCAUGAUGCUAUUUCUGAACUUCUCCAAUAUCAAUCAGAGGACCAAGAGCGUGUUUCAGAGAAGGCAAGCUACAAAUAUGACCUGCCCAUUUCUCUAUGUUGCCAGUCCUGUUUACUACCUCAGGAAUUACCUGCCCUUUCCCGAAUGCCAUGUUUGUUUCUAUCUAUCUAUCUAUCUAUCUAUCUAUCAUCUAUCUAAAAUCUUAUCCUUGAGCAUCUGGUUCUAAAUAAAGCAUGCAUGUUGUCUCAACAUGCUGGUCUCAAUAAAAGCAGAUAAAUGUAUCAAAGUGUUAAUUGCAUUGUCAUCCGUUGUGACCAAGUACAUUGAAUUGAGAACACAACAUGGGAUCUUAGCACUGAGGAAGUGUCAAGUGUAAAUGUUUGUACAUCUGCAGGAAAAUAGGCACACCCCAUUCCCCUUUUUCAUGCUGAAAAAUAAAUAAAUUGUAAAUUUUGCUAAGGUUUGUUAGUAAAUCAAAUAAAAUGUUACACCUAUUAGAAAGGCAACAGUCAUGCCCAGUGUAAAACUGGAAUAAAUAAUAUAUGAAGCCCCAAGCCUGGUUUAAAAAGAUAGCAUGGAGCUGCUCUGUUGUACCACUUCAGGACUACCACUGAUCCCCUUUCUAACAUAAAGAACUUGAGCAGAAUUCCUCCACCAUAUCCUUUGGAAGAAAGCUGUCCUCGGUAGUGAUUGAAAAUUAUUUUCCCCAGUCAUCUCACUUGAAUCUUUUCCCUUCCCAGAGUAUGUAUUCACGAGUGCCAGAGUGCCAGGUCACGACCUAUUAUUACGUCGGCUUUGCAUACCUCAUGAUGCGACGCUACCAAGAUGCCAUCCGUGUCUUUGCAAAUAUCCUCCUGUAUAUUCAGAGGACCAAGAGCAUGUUCCAGAGGACAACCUACAAGUAUGAGAUGGUAAGGUGCCCUGAAGCCACGUGGUAAACAGUUGCUUGUUGGUUCUGUUCCGAGCGCCUUUUCUUGAUGCUGUUGAUUAUUUCCUCCCAGGCAUAGACCAAAUUUGUACACAAUGCUAAACUAUUAUUUGUUUGAACUUCCAUUUGUCCAAUUAACUGCAAGUUGUCUCACAAACAAGCAGACAAAUCAUGACUUGUUUUUCUAAAGUAUGGCUUGUUUUCCAGCUGCCCUUGACUUUUGUAGCAUGGUAAGCUGGUGAGGUGGCGCCGGAUGGCGCUGUGGUCUAAACCACAGAGCCUAGGGCUUGCCGAUCAGAAGGUCGGCGGUUCAAAUCCCUGCGACGGGGUGAGCUCCCGUUGCUCGGUCCCUGCUCCUGCCAACCUUGCAGUUCGAAAGCACGUCAGCAUGCAAGUAGAUAAAUAGAUACUGCUCCGGCGGGAAGGUAAACGCAUUUCCAUGCGCUGCUCUGGUUCGCCAGAAGCAACUUAGUCAUGCUGGCCACAUGACCGGAAGCUGUCUGCGGACAAAUGCUGGCUCCCUCAGCCAGUAAAGCAAGAUGAGCACUGCAACCCCAGAGUCAUCCGUGACUGGACCUAAUGGUCAGGGGUCCCUUUACCUUUACCUUUUUAAGCUGCUGAGGUAGCCAAACAUAGCAGGGUGGGGGAAGGCUUAUUUUCUGCCAACAAACCAUGAUGGUUUGUUUUACACGUAGCGCUAAGACAUAGUUUGUUUAGCUGGGCUGGGUUUGCACAUUCAGACAACCAUAGUUAGGAUAAAUAAACUAUGUCUUAGCGCUACGUGUAAAACAAACUAUGCUCCUCUACGUCCAGAGUAAUUUAAUGCAUCGUCUACCCAGAAGUAACUCCCAUUGUAUUUAAUUGGACUACACCAAGAUCGCGGCUUUAUUGUUUUUUCUAACCAGAUUAUCAAGUUUUCUCCCCCCCCCCUUUUUUUUUAAACCAUUUUAUAUUACCUGCAGUUAAGCCUGAUUUGGCCACAGACUUACUGGCCUUCCUGGGACCUAUAUCUUCAUCCAGAAGGCAACUGAUUAAAUCUUUCAGGAGCCAGUUUCUCCCUGGCUCCUUACUGUCUGGCCCAAAUACAUCAAAAUUAGUCUUCACCUUCGAGGCUUUCUUCUGCUAAUCUGACCUUGUCUCUCAUUACAUUGCUCACACACUUUCCCCUGCCAUUAAUACCAGCUGUGAUGUUCUCUCUGUGUGUGUGUAUUCGCGCCCCCCCAUCCCCACCCCUUCACUGUAUUAAUCCUCCUUGCAAUAGUAGGAGCCAACUUUGAAACAGUUUCAUCGUUUUGAUCUGCCAAAGCCGUUGCUCUCUAUUAAUUGUUGAGUUUGUUCUCUGGAUCCCUAAAACCAGUAAGUCAGUAUUGGGUAUCACGGAUGAUUAAUCUUUGGGUGUAAUUGCCCCACUAAGGCUUAUUUGCAGUGUUUCAGUCAGCUAGCAAUGUGUGAGUACAGUGGCCUUAAACCUCACUGCUUUAUGCACACUCUUGCUGCUUCAUUCUGUAGUAUUUUAGAAGAUUUUAUAGUACCUGCAGGACUCACAUCUUCUGCCAAACUCCUUCAGAAUGCUGCUGAUUAAAUCUUUCAGGAGUCAGGGUGCAACUCAACCCAGGCCAUUCCACUUCUGGUUAUUACCUGUCUCAUUGUAGUGGGAAGAGUUUGUUUGGGAUGCUAUUAUCAUAUUCGUAGGUACUCCAGGUUCUCUGUCCAGAAUAAACUGUGCAAAUUAAACUUGUUUACCAAAAUUGCAUGUAUCUACUUUAAAGGUCAGUUCAGUAACUUCUGUUUUGAGUGGGGAACUGAAGGGUGAGGAGGGAAGUAAUAGAGAGUAAGAAUAGGUGGGAAAUAGCCAAAGGAAGCUUUCUUGACAUCUCCCCCCCCCCCCCGGACAACAUAUUUCUAGGCUUUCCCCUGUGGGUUAGUAACAUGCUUGUCUUUUAUAAUAAUGCACCAUUAUAUUUGCUUAGGUUCACAUAGUAAUACUUGUAGAAAAUAUUUUGUGUACAUUAUCUCAGUAAUUUUUACAACAGCCCUGUAGAUCAGUAUCGUUAUCCCUGUUCUGCAGCUGGGAGGAAGAGACUCAAAAGAUUGAUUUAUUACAUUUCUGUCCUGGGGAAGAGCGGAAUAACAAAUUUGCAAAAUAAUACACUUUAUUUUGUGUAUUUUAUACUAGCAGCCUCAUAUCCAGCACUGCUCAGAAAUUCUAUGAAACAAAAAAAAUCAGUGCAGUUUUGAAAGGUUCGGUCUGCCAUAUUGAUUCAAAACUGCAUCCAAUUGUAUCCAAACAUAAAUGCAAAUGUGCACUUGGAUCUUGGGAACAAUCAUGCAAAAUUUAGUUUCUUAAAAUAUAUGGCAGAUAAGACAUAUUUAAAACAUUUAAAAAACAUUAAUAACACCUAGAAAUCUCUAAAUAGUGGCUUACCUAAGGCUACCAAGAGAGUAUGAUCCUAAGGCACUCCUAACUGGCAUUUCUGAAGUUGUCACUCUUCAGUUACCAGUGCAAGGGCACAUAGGCCUUACUGUGGAAAUGCAGGGUAAGAGUGACUCCAUUGGCUGAAUCCGUGUAGCGAAAUGGCCAAUGGCAGCUUUCAGUUUAAUCCUGGCAGUUCAGGCUGUGUGCCUGUCUAUUCUGUUUUGGUCUCCAUGAAAGUUACCUGUCAACUCAAAGCAGAGGUGAGAUUUGACUGGAGGCUUCUGUCACUCAGACUUUUGGCCACUGUGCUGCACAAGUCCUUAUGUGGAGAUUUGAAAAUACAAAGCGGAGUGUUUCUAUCAAGCUUUCUUUGUGUCGCAGAUCAACAAACAAAAUGAGCAGAUGCACGCCCUGCUGGCCAUUGCACUCACCAUGUACCCUAUGCGCAUCGACGAAAGCAUCCACCUGCAGCUCCGAGAGAAAUACGGGGACAAGAUGCUGCGCAUGCAGAAAGGCGACCCUCAGGUGUACGAAGAGCUCUUCAGCUACGCCUGCCCCAAGUUCCUCUCCCCUGUGGUCCCCAACUAUGACAACGUUCACCCCAACUACCACAAGGAGCCUUUCCUGCAGCAGCUGAAGGUCUUUGCCGAUGAGGUCCAGCAACAGGCCCAGCUUUCGACCAUCCGCAGCUUCCUGAAGCUCUACACCACUAUGCCAGUUGCCAAGCUAGCCGGCUUCCUGGACCUGACAGAGCAGGAGUUCCGUAUCCAGUUGCUCGUCUUCAAACACAAAAUGAAGAACCUGGUCUGGACCAGCGGCAUCUCUGCCCUGGAUGGCGAGUUCCAGUCUGCUUCCGAGGUGGACUUCUACAUUGACAAGGUCUGUCUGUUCACCUCUCUCCAUCCCUUACAAGAAGCUUUCCGGGUUGGUCAGAUUGCAUAGGUGACGUGGGGAAGGACCACAACGCAGUGGUAGAGCCUUGCGUGCGAAAGGGCUCUUGUUCCAUCUCUGGGGUCUCCAGGUAGGGCUGAGAAAAGCUCUUGUCUGAAAGCCUGGGUUCGCUGCCACUAAGAGUAGGCAAGACAGAGCUAGAUGAACUAGUGGUCUAACUUGGUAGAAAGCAGCUUCCAGCAGAGUUCCUAGAGCGCCCAUCUCCAGGCAGCCAGAGGUACCUGCUAGAAUGAGCUCUUCACUGCAGAGUUCCUGGAGUGGAAAUGAGAUUUAAGCCAGGAAAGGCAGAGGUUAGAGGCUCUCCCAAGAAUAGAUGCAUGCUUUUUAAAAAUUCAUAGUGCCACCUACCAUAGGAGGUACUUUGUUUCCCAGUACUAUCAGCGCUCCCCCAUUUCAUUCUAAAAGGGACAAAGCUAUGAAUCUUGUCCCAAAGAGUUCCAUUCACUCCCACCUUUAGAAAUCAACUACCCUUACUCACCCAGUUUUCUCCAUCAGUUCAUCUUCUGCAAAUACAUCAGAUGAAAGGCAUAUACAUUAGUGAUUAUACACCAGGGAUGGGAACCCCAUGGCUCUCCAGAUGUUGUUCAACUUCCAGCUCCCAUGAACAUCUGGAGGGCUAUAUCCUGAUACCUGAUAUACAUCAUCAUCAAAUCAGUUCCCAUUUUCAUCUGCGUGGAUGAAGUUGCAUGCAUAUAUAAAGUUUCCUAGAGAGAGGGGUGAAUACAAGGAUAGUCUUCAACGGAUAGAGCAUUGGUUGAAGCACCCUGACUUUACUACCUGACAGGCUUAUCCUUUUUUUCUUUAUAAGUAUGGAGUAGUAUUAUAAAGAAAAAAAGGCAUCAUAAAACAGUCUGUAGGCAACUUGCAGAAAGUGGGGAAUGAAUACACACACACACACAUAUUUAGAAACAAAUCAUUGAUAGCCACUUGGAAUAAAAAAUAAACAUCACAGUGCUUAAGGACCAAGAUAGCCAAGUAAUCAGAUUAUUUCAAAUGCCUGGGAAAAGAUGUAGAUCUUACCUGGCACCAAGAAGACGUUAAUGUUGGCCUCACUCCUUCAGUAAGGAAGGAGCCUAUCUGAAAAAAUAUCCCUAGUUCCAGGCUAAGUGAACUUCAUACAGAGCUGUUGCCUGUUAUCACCCCUGGGCUGUUCCUUACUGUUGCCUAUCUCCUGGCAGGACAUGAUCCACAUCGCAGACACAAAGGUUGCUCGCCGCUAUGGGGAUUUCUUCAUCCGCCAGAUCCAUAAGUUUGAAGAGGUAAGCUACUUGCUGAAUGAGCAGGCGAAAUAUCGUUACGAUUUGCAAAAUUUGAUGGGGUGACCUAUCUGCACGCUUUCAGCCAGGGUUUGAGGAAGAGCUGUGUCUGUGUGUCUGUCUCUGUACAGGAGAGAGUGAAAUCUAAACAGCAUUGACAUGAAUGCCAGAAAUGAAAACAUAGAUGGCAGUAGUGCCAUCUAUCUGUGAGUGGAAGGAGUUCUCCCAAUGUUACCUACCCUCUUCUGUCUCCUGCUGCUUUCAAGGGGGGACAUAGUGUAGUUGUUCCAGCUCUCCCACAGAGGGCACUGCAUCACCAGAAGUCCCACCCGAGGGAAUGAAAGCUCUAUGAAGGGGAAAUAGCCAUUGUGUUGUUUUGACUCAUGGAGAGUGCCACUUUGAGCUGGGUUAACCAAAAGCACUGAGCACAGCACCACAGGUGGAAGAGUGCCCUUCUUGGUAACAGAUGGGCAUCAUCUGCUGUACUGUGCAUGACUUAAAGAUGUAAGAAUAAGGAUAAAUACAAGAUUUGCAGGUGAGCAGUAAGUUAAGGGUUGAAUUUUUUAAGAUUGCUAGGUUAGGGGUUAGGGAAAGAACUGGGAAUAUGUAGCACAGAAUGUCGGAGAGGCAGAGAUAGUAGUAGAGUGGUAUUCGGCAUUCUAAAAUGCAGUCCAAGAAAGCAAAAAUACAUUGAAGGAAGAUUCUGGAGCCAUGGGUACAGGUUUUAUGCAGCCUACUUCAGUCUGGCUGGCUGCUUCCCAACUGCAAGAACAUGGACAGGGCAUGAUUUUAUUUAAGACUGGGCAUAUGGGUAGGGGUGGGGAGCCUGUGGCCCUCCAAAUUUUUGGAUUAAAGCUCUGAUUAUCCCUGUCUGUCGGCUCGGGCUGAUGGGAAUUAAAAGUCCAACAGCACUGGAGGGCCACAAGUUAGCUUAGGGGAGUCUUUUGCUGCCUGUUACUAAAUACUAAAUUACUCAAUAUCCUUGCAAUCCUUUGCAACUUACGUAGUUAUGCAAACUUCUAUUUGAUGUUCAACUCUUCUGUGUUCUGACCUCAAAUCUUGGUAGGGUCUAAGUGGUUUAAUUUCCCCCAUGUCUACACUUGGCAUUCUUGCAUGGUGCCCAAAUCCUUGAGUGAAAAAUGCAUAAUUCGGAUAGUACCAUUUGUGUGUGUGUGUGUGUGUGUGUGUGUGUGUGUGUUUUCUACCCUGCCCCCGAAAAUUCCCUUGUAAUUAGAUGUCUGUCUCUUUCAGCUGAAUCGCACUCUGAAAAAGAUGGGCCAAAGACCUUGAAAGUUGUCUUGAACUCGUCAUCAACCGCCUGGUUCUUUCUGUUAAGUGGGCAAGCGGGGGGCGGGGAGAGAGAAUGAGCUAAGAAUUUUGGAAUUUUCUGUAGGGCUCUGCAGUUUUUACUUGGAUAGCAGACAGCUGAGCUCAUAUAAAAGGACUAAGAAAUCUAAUUAAAUGAGUGAAAUAUCUCUUGUGUCUCUGG